UGUGUGGGGAUUUCUGAGGGGACAUCGGGAGGAUAGCGUGAUGCUGGGGGUGGCAGAUGGCCCAUAGGGAUGUCCCCUGGGUGACCCAGGGUGAUGGGGCUCUGGGAUCUCCCAAGGGUGCUAGUGGUGUCCCCAGUGUCCCUGUGCCAUGCGGUCCUGCCUGCUGCUCGCCCUCACCCUGCUGGGCACAGUUCCUGUCAGCCGCUCUGCUCUUGCCAGCCCUGCGGUGGAGGAUGAGGAGGAUGUGACAGAGCUGGAGAUGCCAGAGGAGUACAGCGGGUGCCUGGGGGCCAGUGACAAGCAGGAACCCGGUGUCCCCAGCAUGCCGGGCAAGGCCACCUGCCGCUACGUCAUCAUCCGCCACUGCCAAAGCUUCCGCCGUGCACAGUGCAUCUGUGCCCGGCGCUUCCGCGGGCGCUUGGCCUCCAUCCAUGAUUCCCGCACCAACACCUUCCUGCGGCUCCUGGCGCGCCGACACACCAACGCUGGCCAGGUCUGGAUUGGUGCCGUCAGCCAGCCUGCUGUCCCAUUCCCAAGCUGCCACUGGACUGACCGGAGCCCCUGGAACUACAGCCGGUGGGUGCCUGGACACCCCCUGCCUGGCCGCCGCUUCUGCACCGCCCUCUGCACCAACAAUGGGCUCUGGAGGAGUGUGCGCUGCAAGAGGCGGCUGCCCUUCAUCUGCGAGAUAUGACAGGCUCAGCCCCCCUGGGUACCCCCAGGCCUCCCCUACUGCUGUUCCCCCACGGGGAGCUGCACCUCCUCCC